GAAGGCAGGGUUGGGGGAAGUGUGGAAAACCUGAACCUGAGGCUCUGGCUGCCUAAGGAAGCUUUGGUGGGAGAAGUAGAGGGGAAAAAAACGGAUUAGCAGGGCGCGGAGAGGGCAACUAGGUCGCUGCACUUCAGCGGCACAAAGUUCUCCGCGAUGUGGCUGAAACCUGAGGAAGUGCUCCUGAAAAAUGCACUGAAGCUGUGGCUGAUGGAAAGGUCCAACGACUACUUUGUCCUGCAGCGGCGUCGAGGCUAUGGGGAGGAAGGCGGAGGGGGGCUCACAGGACUUCUGGUUGGGACUCUUGAUUCUGUCUUAGACUCUACUGCUAAAGUAGCUCCAUUUCGCAUCUUGCACCAAACACCAGAUUCUCAAGUUUACUUGUCAAUUGCAUGUGGAGCGAACAGGGAAGAAAUAACCAAACAUUGGGAUUGGUUGGAACAAAAUAUCAUGAAGACUUUGUCUGUGUUUGAUUCGAAUGAAGAUAUUACUAAUUUUGUACAAGGCAAGAUAAGAGGACUAAUUGCUGAAGAGGGCAACCAAUCUUUUGCUAAAGAAGAUGAUCCUGAGAAAUUUCGAGAAGCCCUUUUGAAGUUUGAAAAAUCUUUUGGUUUACCAGAGCAGGAAAAAUUAGUGACCUAUUAUUCAUGCAGUUAUUGGAAAGGACGGGUUCCUUGUCAGGGUUGGCUCUAUCUUAGUACCAACUUUCUGAGCUUCUAUUCUUUCUUGCUGGGGUCAGAAAUAAAACUCAUUAUCUCCUGGGAUGCAGUCUCAAAACUUGAAAAGACUUCAAAUGUUAUACUGACAGAGAGUAUUCAUGUGUGUUCCCAAGGGGAGAAUCACUACUUUUCCAUGUUUUUGCAUAUAAACGAAACAUACCUUCUCAUGGAACAACUUGCAAACUAUGCUAUAAAGAGACUUUUUGAUAAGGAAACAUUUGAUAAUGACCCAAUCCUUGGUGAUCCUCUGCAAAUUACCAAAAGGGGCUUGGAGUAUCGGGCCCACAGUGAACAAUUUAAUGCCUUUUUUAGGCUACCCAAAGAAGAGACUCUGAAAGAAGUACAUGAAUGUUUCUUGUGGGUGCCAUUCAGCCACUUUAGUACUCACGGGAAAAUGUGCAUUUCAGAAAACUAUGUCUGCUUUGCUAGCCAGGACGGUAAUCUAUGUAGCGUAAUCAUUCCAUUACGAGAGGUCUUAGCUGUGGAUAAAACUGAUGAUUCCAGCAAGUCUGUCAUCAUUAGCAUCAAAGGAAAAACAGCCUUUCGCUUCAAUGAAGUUAAAGACUUUGAGCAACUGGUGGGAAAACUUAGGCUCAAGUGUGGGGCAGCUUCUGCUCAAUAUGAUAGUAGCACCGAGAUUGCUAUUAGGUCUGACUCUACUGAACCCUCUAAUAAUUUUGAGGAACAGUCUCUGACAUGUCAGAAAGAAUGCAGUAAAACUAUGAAUACUGAAGCCUUGAUGACAGUGUUUCACCCUCAGAAUUUGGAGAAUCUUAACUCAAAAAUGUUGAAAGAAAAGAUGAAAGAACAGUCGUGGAACAUCUUAUUUUCAGAAUGUGGGCGUGGUGUUAGCAUGUUUCGGACCAAAAAGACUCGAGAUCUGGUUGUAAGAGGGAUUCCAGAGACUUUACGAGGAGAACUCUGGAUGCUUUUCUCAGGUGCCGUUAAUGACAUGGCUACUAAUCCUGGUUAUUAUGCUGAAGUGGUUGAACAUUCCUUGGGGAACAGCAACUUGGCUACUGAAGAAAUCGAACGUGAUUUGCGUCGCUCUCUGCCUGAGCACCCAGCAUUUCAGAGUGAUACAGGCAUAUCUGCUCUGAGGCGGGUACUCACUGCUUAUGCAUAUAGGAAUCCCAAAAUAGGAUACUGCCAGGCAAUGAACAUUUUAACUUCAGUGUUGCUUCUGUAUGCAAAAGAAGAAGAAGCUUUCUGGCUUCUGGUUGCUGUAUGUGAACGAAUGCUACCUGAUUACUUUAACCGUCGAAUCAUUGGUGCCUUGGUGGACCAGGCUGUGUUUGAAGAACUUAUCAGGGAUCACCUUCCUCAGCUGACAGAACACAUGACUGAUAUGACAUUCUUUUCUUCAGUUUCUCUCUCAUGGUUCCUUACACUUUUCAUUAGUGUGCUGCCUAUUGAAAGUGCAGUGAAUGUGGUAGACUGUUUCUUCUAUGAUGGAAUAAAGGCUAUUUUACAGCUGGGCUUGGCAAUACUCGACUAUAAUUUAGACAAACUUCUGGCAUGUAAAGAUGAUGCUGAAGCUGUGACAGCUUUGAACAGGUUCUUUGACAAUGUCAUUAAUAAGGAUAGCCCAUUGCCUUCAAGUGUUCAGCAAGGUUCAAAUUUAAGUGAUGAAAAAAGCAAUCAUAUUAGAGUGGAUAUUACAGAUUUGAUUAGAGAGUCCAAUGAGAAAUAUGGUCAUGUUCGCUAUGAAGAUAUACAUAGCAUGCGUUGUCGAAAUAGGUUGUAUGUGAUACAGACCCUGGAGGAAACAACAAAACAGAAUGUAUUGCGUGUCGUAUCACAAGAUGUGAAAAUGAACUUACAUGAAUUGGAUGAACUUUAUGUCAUCUUUAAGAAAGAGCUGUUUAUAUCUUGUUAUUGGUCUCUGAGUUGUCCAGGAUUGAAGCACCAUGACCCCAGCCUUCCAUAUUUGGAACAAUAUCAAAUUGACUGCCAACAAUUCAGAGUGUUAUAUCACUUAUUGAGUCCCUGGGCUCAUUCUGCAAACAGAGAUUCACUAGCUUUGUGGACAUUUCGAUUGUUGGAUGAGAACUCUGAUUGCCUUAUAAACUUCAAAGAUUUCUCCUCUGCAUUUGAUAUAAUGUACAAUGGAAGUUUUACUGAGAAGCUAAAGCUGCUUUUUAAGCUGCAUAUUCCUCCAGCUUAUACUGAUGUGAUGUGUAAGGAUUCAUUGAAAGGAGAUGAACUUUCUACCGAAGAAUUGCUUUAUUUCAGUCAACUCCAUGUUUCCGAGCCUGCAAAUGAGAAGGAAGCAGAAUCAGGAAAAAACAGCCCUGAAAAAGGCAAAGGAAAAAUUGAUAUUCAAGCAUAUUUAAGUCAAUGGCAAGAUGAGCUUCUCAAAAAACAAGAAACCAUUAAAGAUUUACCAAGAAUGAAUCAGUCACAAUUUAUUCAGUUUUCAAAGACCCUCUAUAAUCUAUUUCAUGAGGACCCUGAAGAAGAGUCACUAUAUCAAGCCAUUGCUGUUGUAACCAACCUUUUGCUCAGGAUGGAAGAAGUUGGAAGGAAACUCAGUAGCCCUACAUCAUCAGCCAAAGGAUUUCCUGGUACAGUCUGUAUUUCUGAAGUACCCCAUGAGGGGAAAACAGAGAGCCAAGGGGAGAAAACUCCUUCCUCUCCUCGGGAGGAACAUCAGUGGUCUUUUUCAUUUGAACAGAUUCUUGCAUCCUUGUUAAAUGAACCAGCCUUGGUGAGAUUUUUUGAGAAACCUGUAGAUUUAAAGGUCAAGCUAGAAAAUGCAAAAACCUCUCAGUUAAGGUCUAGAACCAAGAUUUAAAUUUUUUAUGAGAAUUGCCUGUCGUUGCCAGGUUACCAAGAUUCCUGUACCUAUUAGUGAUCCUUGGGAAUAGUUCUCAGGGAUAUAUUUUGUUACCAACGUGCUUGAACGCAAAAAAGAAAAAGAUACUCAGAAGCACAAUUAUUCAUUUCUUGGUGGUGAUUGCAAAUGUUGAUAUUUUCAUGCACAAGUACUUUAUGUGUCACAAUAAAUGCAUUUUAAGGGGUUUGAGCUCAUUGCAGCCACCAGAGGGCACCGCUAUAACACUUUUAGUACAGAAAUUACAAGCUCUUGCUAUUUACCUGUGAGUACUGAUUUUGAAAAGGUGGUGGUAUACUUAUUAAUAUUAAUUAUUAUUAAUAGUGCUAAUAUGUCAUACCAUUAACCCUGUUUUCUAAAUUUCUAGUCCUAUUAAAAUGGGCUAGAACACUAGGCUCUUAGAGCUAUAGCCUUAAUUAUAUAGGUGAUUACCACUUGGGGUCCUCAUUUUCAAGUUAUCUAAUUGAAAGUUUAUUAACUUUUAAAUGUUAAUUUUAUUCUAUAUAUUAAUAUAUGAUUUUUAGCAACUUCUGAAUUAUCUCCACCUGAGAGAUUCAGAAUCUGUUGGUUCAUACUGCUAACUCCAUGAGUAAUGAAAAUAAAUCAAGAACUCUAAACUCUGGGCUGAUAUGAAGGAAAAAAUCGAGUUUAGACUUAAGCUGGAUAAAGCCUAUCUUUAAAAGGAUUAAUAAACAAUUCACUUAACUAUAUAGAUCUCUCAUUAGACUGAGAAAUUACUAGACUUUCUACAGAAUACUGCUUCUUGAGGCAUUUAUCCAGAGUAGCCUGUGAUUAUUUGAGCUGUACUUGUAUAUUUUGAAUCUUUACCAGUCAUGUUGUAACUUACUGUAGAUGGUACAGAACAUCUAUGUUAAGACUGAAUUAUUGUAUUAGUCAGGCAAACAUAUAAAGUAUACUUACAUGUAAUGUCUGACAAGGUACAAUGUAAAGUUACCAGCAUCUACUUAAAACUGUUUUGAUUAUCUGAUUUAGAUGUGUUAUUUUUAUAUACUGUAUGCUGCUUAUAGUCCAGACAUUACAUGACAGUCCAUUUAGGUAUAUAAUGGGCUUUGUUAGCACUUUAAAAACAAGCAAACCACACCUGUCCACUCUUCUGCCCUGUUUUUGACAAGAACAAGUUACUAAGCAAUUGACAAGGGGGAGGGGAUUAUCCAUUGGAGCAUCUUUCUUCAUAGAAAACUUUGGUUGUAAGCCCUUUGACUUGUGUAGACGUGAAACGGUACAAAGAUAAUAGACCUCCUUCACUUUUGUAACCUGUGAAAUCUUCCUUUGUGAGAAGGAAUUGGUAAGGUCAGCCUUUGGCAAGAAGGUAUUGUGAAUAAAACCUGAUGUAGAUGGAAGGCUUCAUCACCAUAGAAUAUGUUAUUUUCAGGGAAGUUAAAAACAUUCAGGUUGACCAUCUGAAAAACACUAGUAGUGUCUUUAAAAUGAUUUGGUCACUUUGUCUUUUAAAAGAAAUUUCCACUUAAAGAGAUUAUUGAUAAAUAAACCUUUAUGCCUUUACUCAGAAAUACAUUGAAAUAUCUCCAAAUUAUAAAACCUAGUUAAGAGUUUUAUGAAGACUAUCACACAUCUGCUAUUAUGCAGUGUUUGUUAAAUAGCUCUAGAAAGACAUAUGGUCUAUACUUAUAUACAAAAGCACUAUUAUACACACUUGACUGAAUAUUUUGUUAUAUUUACAAAAAAACUUUAAGAGCUUAUGCUAUUAAUAUUACAUGUUAUUUUAAUGUCUGAAAAUGAAGAUUACUGAAUAUUGUACCUUAGCCUAGAUUAAUUAAAAUUGAAUACUUACAGAGUUUAUCAGUUGCAAAGAGAUUAUAAAUGGAAGUUAACAAGACAGAAAUUUAUUUUCUGAGACUGCAGGAGAAAUGAGCUAAACAUUCUAGUUUUAUAACUGUUGCCUUGUUAAGCAAAUAGGUUGUUCUUUAUAUUAAAAAUCUCAUGUUCUUGUGUCAAACUAAACCAG